AUGGCUGUUUCUUUGCCCAUGGAGUCAAAUCCUGAAACUAUGAACAAAUAUCUUCAGAAGCUUGGCGUUUCUAACAAGUGGCGUAUGGUUGAUGUUAUGGGUUUAGAAGGUGAUCCAUUGAAAUGGGUGCCACGGCCAGUUCUCGCUGUUAUUCUAUUAUUUCCGCUUUCUGAGCAUUAUGAAAGACAUCGCUCUCAGCAGGAGAACGAGCUACAAGUUGAAUCUCAGCAACCUCCUAAGGACGUGUUCCAUUUAAAACAAGUGCUUAGUAAUGUGUGUGGGACAAUCGCUCUGGUGCAUAGUGUCGCUAAUAAUACUAAUACCAUAGAUUUAGAGGAUGGCCUUUUAAAAGAAUACUUAAAGUCCGCUUCGGGCUUGGACGCAGCGGCUAAAGGCGCUCUUUUGGAGAACUCAACAAAUAUUUUAAGAGCAUAUGAGGAAGUUUUAAACUCGCCGAACAAUCCUGCUAAUGAAGACAACGAACCCGUGAACAAUCAUUUUAUAACAUUUAUCCAUAAGAAUGGUAAUCUGUAUGAGUUGGAUGGUCGUAAGUCAAUACCUAUUAACCACGGUCCAACGACCCCGGAGACUCUGUUAGAGGACUCUGCCAAAAUUUGCCUGGAAUUCAUAGCUCGCGAGCCAGAUAAUAUAGGUUUUAAUGUCGUUGCUCUCGUUCCAGCUCAAUAA